AUGUCCCCGUUCUUGGACAGCAUCGCCACCAUCGUCGGCGUCUUCCAGCAGCACGCCCGGGGAGACGGGGACGGCUCCGGGCUCAGCCGCGGGAGGAUGAGGGAGCUGAUCCAGAGGGAAUUCGCGGAUUCCCUCGUGAAGCCACACGACCCUCAGACCAUCGAGAAGAUCCUGCAGUUCCUGGAGUGGGAUGGGGACGGGGACAUCGACUUUAACGAGUUCCUCCUCUUGGUGUUCCGGGUGGCCAAGUGCUGCUUCUGGUUCCAGCCCAGGGCCCCGUUCCUGGUGCAGAGGACGAAGCUCCCGAGCGGCGGAAAAUCCCUCCGGGAGCCGGAAUUCAGGAGCAGAGGGAGCCGCCGGCAGCUCCAGGAGGAGGAGGAAGAUCACCAAACCCGGGAGAGGAACCGUGAAGUGGAGCUGCAGCGAGACCUCAGGCUCGGGGAGGUGGAAAUCUUGGAGGGAAGGAGGAGGGAGCAGCAGGAACGUCGCGGGGAGGACGCGGAAGCGAGCGGGGAGCCGGGAACGACGAUCCGGGAGAGGUUCCAGGAGGAAGAACCGGCAGACGUGAGGACGGGCAGGCAACGCCGAGAAACCCAACCGCGGGCGGACCGGUGGAGCCGCCCGGAGCCGGGGCGUGGUGAACGAAGCCAGCGGCCACGAGGAGCAGAUGGAGGAGGCGACAAUCGGCCACGGGAACCAGAAUUGCUGCGGGAAGAGAGGAGCCGCCACCGCCGGCGAGAGCAGGAACAAAGAGAGACGGAAGGGAGAAGACGCCGGGUGGCUGAGCAGGAAUGCCCGGAGUCCAGGAGGCCACACCAGGCGUUCCUGGAGGAACCGUUAGAGAUGGAGCUCGGGGAAUGUGGAAGAGCAGAGCCAAGGGAACGCGGAUACGGGAGGAGAGAAGAGCGGGAACGGGAGCUGGAAUGGGCAGGAAGGGAAAGGGAGAUCCGGGAGGAGCAGGAGAGGGAAGAAAGAGAUGAUCCCAGAAGAAAAGGGAGAAGGAGAGAGAGGAGAGAGGAUCAGGAACGGGAGCUGGAGAUCUCAGAGCGCCGCAGUCGGGACAGGGAGGAACGAGAGGCUGUGAUUGACCUGAGAGAGCCACGGGAGAGACGAGAGCGGGAAAUUCGUGAGGCUGAAGAAGAUGCAAGGAGAGAACAAAGAAUUUAUGAAAGGAGAAGAGAAACCUCAGUGGCAGAGACUGAAGCCGAAGUCAAAGUGCGCCGUGAGAUCCGGGAGCGAGGGGAGGAACAGAGAAGAAGAGAACGACCCUGUGAUGUCCCCUGUGAGGAGGAGGAAGACAGAAGAAUUUGCCCCAGAAGGGAGAGGGAAGAGGCUAUCUCAGAGCGCCGCAGUCGGGACAGGGAGGAACGAGAGGCUGUGAUCGACCUGAGAGAGCCACGGGAGAGACGAGAGCGGGAAAUUCGUGAGGCUGAAGAAGAUGCAAGGAGAGAACGAGGAAUUUAUGAAAGGAGAAGAGAAACCUCAGUGGCAGAAGCCGAUGUCAAAGUGCGCCGUGAGAUCCGGGAGCGAGGUGAGGAACAGAGAAGAAGAGAACGACCCUGUGAGGAGGAGGAAGAAGCAGCAGGAGAAGAAGCAGAGAGAAUUUCCCGGGUGAGAGAGAGGGAAGGGGCUGUGAGGGAGAGGAGAAUCCAUCGGGAACGGGAUCUGGAGGUCUCUGAGCGCCGCACUCGGGACAGGGAGGGAGAAGCCGUUGACAGAAACCGGAGAGAGCCACGGGAGAGACGAGAGCGGGAAAUUCGUGAGGCUGAAGAAGAUGUGAGAAGAGAACGAAGAAUUUAUGAAAGGAGAAGAGAAACCUCAGUGGCAGAGGCUGAAGCCGAAGUCAAAGUGCGCCGUGAGAUCAGAGAACGAGGGGAGGAACAGAGAAGAAGAGAACGACCCUGUGAUGUCUCUUGUGAGGAGGAGGAAGACAGAAGAACCUGCCCCAGAAGGGAGAGGGAAGAGAUCGUGAGGGAGAGGAGAAGUGAUCGGCAGCGGGAGCUGGAGAUCGCUGAGCGCCGCAGUCGGGAUAGGGAGGAACGAGAGGCUGUGAUUGACCUGAGAGAGCCACGGGAGAGACGAGAGCGGGAAAUUCGUGAGGCUGAAGAAGAUGCAAGGAGAGAACGAGGAAUUUAUGAAAGGAGAAGAGACCUCAGUGGCAGAGCAGAAGCCGAAGUCAAAGUGCGCCGUGAGAUCAGAGAACGAGGUGAGGAACAGAGAAGAAGAGAACGACCCUGUGAUGUCUCCUGUGAGGAGGAGGAAGAAAGAAGAAUUUGCCCCAGAAGAGAGAGGGAAGAGAUCGUGAGGGAGAGGAGAAUCAACCGUGAACGAGAGCUGGAGAUCUCAGAGCGCCGCAGUCGGGACAGGGAGGAACGAGAGGCUGUGAUUGACCUGAGAGAGCCACGGGAGAGACGAGAGCGGGAAAUUCGUGAGGCUGAAGAAGAUGCAAGGAGAGAACAAAGAGAAACUCUGAGGUACGAGAGAAGAGAAACCUCAGUGGCAGAGGCCGAAGCCGAAGUCAAAGUGCGCCGUGAGAUCCGGGAACGAGGAGAGGAACAGAGAAGAAGAGAACGACCCUGUGAGGAGGAGGAAGAAGCAGCAGGAGAAGAAGCAGAGAGAAUUUCCCGGGUGAGAGAGAGGGAAGGGGCUGUGAGGGAGAGGAGAAUCCAUCGGGAACGGGAUCUGGAGGUCUCUGAGCGCCGCAGUCGGGACAGGGGGGCAGAAGAGCCCAGCAGGGAGCGGAGAGAAGCUGGCCAGGAGAUCCGGCUGGAGGUCCUGGAGGAAGAGGAGGAGGAGGAGGAGGAGCUGGAGCGGGGAUCGUGGCGGUUCCAGACCCUGGAUGUGGACACCGGCAAUCUCUGCCCCCCGGGACAGGAGGCGCCCGUCAGUGACCUCAGGGUCCGGUACCGCCCCGCUGACCCCGAGGCCCGGCCCGAGGUCCGGCUGCUCCCCGAGGCCCCGGAGCCUUCCACCAUCGCGUACCUGGUGCACGUAAUCCAGAACCGGGGUGAGCCCAAAGCCGCCACCUACGAGAUCGUGUGCCACCAGCCCGGCCAGCCCUGCUCCGUGGCCCCGAGCCACCGCCCCGAGCCGCAGCCCAGGGCCACCAAAUCCCAGGAAAAGCCCGAGGAUGUGGAUGAGCCCCGGGAAAGAUCCGGGAGGGAGGUGAAGGAUGGAGCCCGGGCGGAGGCUGUGAAGCCCCAGGAGAUCCGGAGGAUCUCUGAGGAGCAGCCCCGGGGUGAGGGGUCCCAGAAGGUCCCGAGGGAGCCCCGGAGAGAGCGAGAGGACAGCGAGGCCAAGAGCUGUGCCCCGGCUCCCGAGGCUCGGGAAUGUGGGGAUCCGGAGCGCAGAGAUCCCGGGGAGAGCCGCGGAGAGGGAAUCCAGGAGGAUGAGGAGGCCCCUGAGGAGGAAUCCAGCAAGAGGAGCGGCCGGGAAUCCGGCAAUUCCCAGGUUUCUCGGGAAGGUGGCACCAAGCAGGGCCAGGAGCCCUCGCAGGAGGCUCCGAGCCGCCCCAGGGAUGAAUCCAAGACAUCCUGA